AUAUAUAUAUACAGACUCUUUUUUUUUUGGUCUAUCUUUCUGUACAUUCGUGCGUUCGUUCUUGACAAGCAGAUCUGCAAAGAAGCAAGCUUUGUUUUGGUGAAAUCGGAUGGGCAAUGCAAACGGAAGAGGAGAUUUAGCCAAUGGCGGUCCCGACGAUCCCUCCACAGGAUCUAACGGUGAAUUGCGAUUCCGCCCCAAUUACCUGCCAAACUCCAUUCCUCCUCCUGCACGUCUGCCUUCUCCUGAUUUGAUGGCCAAUUCCCCUCCGGCGAGCCCCGCUCGCUUUCGAUCCCCGCACAUGUUCGCUCCUCAGGUUCCUAUAACUCCUCUGCAAACGAAUGAUGGUCCUCCCUUCUUCAAUCAAAUGCGGCUGAAUGAAUCUCAGGGGACUUCUAAUCUUCCUCCUGAGCAAGGAGUACCUACUUUGAUAAUAUGGAACUAUGGUGGUAAUGAUAUUGCUGUAGAAGGAUCUUGGGACAACUGGACAACAAGGAAAAAGCUGCAAAGAUGCGGUCAGGAUCAUUCCAUUCUCUUGGUUCUGCCAUUGGGUAUAUACCAUUACAAGUUCAUCGUGGAUGGUGAAUGGAGAUAUAUUCCAGAUCUUCCUUUUGUAGCUGAUGAGAUGGGCCUUGUUUGCAAUCUUCUUGAUGUCAAUGGAUAUGUGCCAGAGAACCUUGAAGGUGUUGCAGAGUUUGAGGCCCCACCAUCACCAGACUCCAGCUACAGUCAAGGUUUUCCCGGAGAUGAAGAUUUUGCAAAGGAGCCAGUUGUAGUUCCACCCCAACUACAUCUAUCCGUCCUUGGUGCACAAAAUUCAGAUGAAGCUUCUUCAUCGUCGUCAUCUUCUUCUUCAAAGGCCCAACAUGUUGUGCUUAACCACCUCUUCAUAGAAAAGGGAUGGGCAUCUCAGUCUGUAGUUGCUCUUGGUCUAACCCAUAGGUUCCAAUCCAAGUACGUAACCGUUGUCCUCUAUAAGCCCCUCAAAAGGUGAACCUUCUUCGUCAGCCACAUGAAAUGAAAUUCUGUACAGAGACCAAUAUUGUGAAUACAACUGCUGCCCAAAACUCUUUUUAAUGUGUUGGUUUCUUGGGUCAAUCUCUGUUAUGUUAUUCAAACUGUUGUCUGAA